CAUCAGCGACCGCUUGUUCUCUCGCCACCUGCAUACCGUCAAUUUCAGGAACAUGGUGGAGACGGUGGCAUUUAUGUGGCCGCCGUGACGCCUCCAAGUUUCACUUCCUUCAGUCAUCACCAGCAAGAGGGAAUAAGAAGGGGGAGGGCAUGGCUGUUGGUGUCCUUCGUCGGUGAAAAAACUCUGCAAAAUAUUUCUUUCAUAGGUCGCAUCCUUAUUGUAGACUAAAGGCUGUGUGUGUAGCUGUUUAGAAGAUUGAAGGUCCAUUACAUGAGUGGAUAUGAGUUGGUGUUGUUUUGAUGCCCCGUUGGUGACAGAAAAUGAUCUUUCUAAUCCUCAACAAGACUUAGGCAGUUGGAAGCCUUACAUGCCUAUAGGGACGGUACUCUAUAGAUAUGCGGCGGCUGUUCAUAUCCCCAAAUUUUAUUUUAAUUUAAAUUUGGGGUCGGGGUUGUCAUCCGGUGAGAACAUCAAGCUUUUCUCCUACAGUGAGCUGAAAGCAGCAACAAACAAUUUUGAUCCAUGCAAUAAAUUAGGACAAGGUGGUUUUGGAACAGUCUACAAGGGAACUCUUAGGAAUGGAGCUCCUGUUGCCACAAAGGUUCUCUCUGCAGAAUCGAGGCAAGGGGUUCAUGAGUUUCUGACUGAGAUCAAAAUUUUAGCAAAUGUCAAGCAUCCAAAUCUUGUUGGGCUAAUUGGCUGCUGUAUUCAAGGAACUAAUCGAAUAUUGAUCUAUGAAUAUGUGGAGAACAAUAGUCUUGAUCGUGCAUUACGAGGGUCCGAUGGUGAAAUAGGUAAGCUAAAUUGGGGCAUAAGAUCUUCAAUUUGUAUGGGCACUGCCAGGGGUCUUGCAUUUCUUCAUGAAGAACUUGACCCACAAAUUGUGCAUAGAGACAUCAAAGCUAGUAAUAUUCUUCUGGAUAGAAACUUCACUCCAAAAAUUGGAGAUUUUGGUUUAGCCAGGCUGUUUCCUGAUGAUACAACUCACAUCAGCACACGUGUAGCUGGAACAACUGGUUAUAUGGCACCGGAGUAUGCAAUACAUGGCCACCUAACUAAAAAGGCUGAUGUAUAUAGUUUUGGGAUGCUUGCACUGGAAAUAAUUAGUGGCAGGAGUAUUUCAAAGGGAUAUUGGUCAGAGAAGGAGAAAUUUCUUUUGGAUUGGGCAUGGCAGCUUUAUGUAGAAGGGAAUCUGAUAGAGCUCGUGGAUCCAAAUCUUAAAGAAUAUCUGGAGGAAGAAGUACUAAGAUACAUCAAAGUUGCCCUUUUCUGUACACAGGCAGUAGCCAGGCAAAGACCCACCAUGCCUCAAGUUGUCGAGAUGUUGUCCAAGCAGAUACGGCUGAAUGAGAAGGAACUGACAUCCCCUCAUUUCAUCCAAGACUCGAGACAUACUAGUGGAGGCUGGAAAGGAGGAGAGUCUACCAAUGUUCCUCCGCUCAGCACUGCUCCUGUAACCUAUUCUGAACUGGUUCCUAGAUGAAAGCAGUUAUGCAGUAAAGAUAAAAGGCAUGCUAGACAGGAAGCUUACCAUGCAGAGAUGUCUUUUCCAUCAAUUGCAUGAAUUGAAGUAACUGCAUUACAUGCAUCAACAAGAGCAGAAUGUAGGUUUUCAUUUCUUUACCUCAUCCAGCCAUAUGCGCUAAUGACUUUGUGACGGGUUUGCCAACGAUAUGAUUUUCUGUUUAGGCCUACUUUAUAUACAUACAGAGUUCACCUGCAAGUGGCAUGAACCAUGAAAAACACCUCUCUGUAAGUGGCUCCUGCAUCACAUAUAAGAGGGGAGCAUACCGAGGGAUCCUUGUGCAGUUCAUGUCUUGUAUGUUUAAUGUUGCCCCUUGUAAGAAUAAGUCCUGUUUUCUAUGUUUUUUUUUGCCCCUCUGACUUAACAACCUGCAGCAUUGUGUAACAUUCCACUUCAAGAGAGUAAUCUUGAUGUCUUAAAACAGUUGUGUGCUGUAUAAAAAAAUGGGGGUUUCUUGAGAA